ACCAUACCACUUCACAGCUUCUGUGAAGUGUGUUUCUAUUUGUAUUUCCUUUUAAAAUAUAUUUUUUUUUAUUUGUUGUCGCCUCAAGCGGGUGUUGAGGAUUAAAAAUGUCGGACAUAGUUGAAAAUUUCAAGGUGCUCUUCGACCGCCCAAAUGAACCUAUGGUUUCGCCAAAGGGUAACGAAAAUGUACUGUUUCAACUUACUGAACAGUUCUUGGGCGAUGACUACAAAACCAAUGGCAUCGAGAUCAACAAUCGCUUCGGAGAAAAGGCCAACCGCGUGGUUCCACUCAAGAGUCUGCAGAGGGUCCCCGCAUUCACAAAGGCUAGAAAACUGCCAGCCGAUGCUGAAUUUUCAGUGUUCCUUCCCGCUCACCAAGAAAUGGCUGACGAAGUUAUCGAUGAACUUCUAGCUGUACCAGAGAAUCAGCUGCAGGAUCUGCUGUCAACGUGCGUGUUCGCCCGGGUCAACCUAAACCCUCAGCUGUUCAACUACUGCUACUCCGUUGCUUUGAUGCACAGAAAUGAUACUAGUAAUAUUCCAAUCCAAAACUUCGCCGAAACUUUUCCAUCCAAAUUCGUGGAUUCCAAAGUUUUUGCUAAAGCUCGCGAAUCCGCGGCCGUUGCCGAUAAGGGAGCUCCGCGUAUCCCGAUCAUCAUUCCAAGAGACUACACCGCCACGGACUUGGACAUUGAACACCGACUGGCAUACUGGCGUGAGGACAUUGGCAUCAACCUUCACCACUGGCAUUGGCAUUUGGUGUAUCCGUUCUCGUCCACCCAAAGACGAAUCGUCGCUAAAGAUCGCCGCGGUGAACUGUUCUUCUAUAUGCACCAGCAAAUAAUUGCCAGGUACAACGGAGAACGUUUACUAAACAGCUUAGCGAGAGUGAAGAAGUUUAACAACUUCACCGACCCAAUCCCUGAAGCGUACUUCCCUAAGCUGGACAGUUUGACGACAUCGCGCGGUUGGCCGCCGCGGCAGGCCAACAUGCGGUGGUCGGACCUCAACCGACCAGUGGACGGACUCGUCGUGUCCAUCGACGAUAUGAACCGUUGGAGGAGAAACAUUGAGGAGGCCAUCUCUACUGGAUUGGUCAGAAUGGCUGACGGCUCGACUCAAACUCUGGACAUCGACACCCUGGGCAACAUUGUGGAGUCCAGCAUUCUGUCUCCGAACCGCGACUUCUACGGCUCCCUCCACAAUAACGGACACAGUUUCGCUGGCUACAUGCAUGAUCCAAACAUGCAAUAUCUGGAAUCCUUCCAAGUAAUGGCUGACGAGUCAACUAACAUGCGUGAUCCUUUCUUCUACUGCUGGCACGCCUUUGUCGACGACCUUUUCCAGAGAUUCCAGGAAUCUGGCAACGUUCGGCCUUACUCACGAUCUGAGUUAGAGAACCCAGGCGUUCAAAUCACGUCAGCUAGGAUCGAAAGCAGCACGGGCGAAAUGAACACCAUCAACACGUUCUGGAUGCAGAGCGACGUGGAUCUGUCGCGGGGGCUUGACUUCUCCGACCGCGGCGCCGUGUACGCGCGCUUCACCCAUCUCAACCAUCGCCCCUACCAAUAUGUGAUCGAGGCCAACAACACAGGCAACGCAAACCGCACAACUGUCCGUAUAUUCAUUUGCCCGAAGUUCGACGAACGUAACCUGCCGUGGAUCCUCAACGACCAGCGCAAGAUGUUCAUAGAGAUGGACAGAUUCGUUGUGCCAUUGAACGCUGGACAAAACAGAAUCGUCCGUCAGUCGUCGCAGUCAUCGCUGACCAUCCCGUUCGAGCAAACAUUCCGCGACCUGAGAGCGCAGGGUAGUGACGCGCGUAACCCCGCGCUCGCCAGCUUCAACUUCUGCGGCUGCGGCUGGCCGCAACACAUGCUGACGCCAAGGGGAACGGAGCCCGGCGCGCCCUACGACCUCUUCGUCAUGCUCUCCAACUACGAACUUGAUGCCAUAAACAACCCCGAAGGUCAACAGUUGUCCUGUGUAGAAGCAUCCAGCUUCUGCGGUCUAAAGGACCGGCUAUACCCCGAUAGACGCAACAUGGGAUAUCCAUUCGACCGGCCUUCCACCUCCGCUGCCAACAUCCAGGACUUCGCCACCCUACCCAACAUGUCCCUCACCGACAUUACCAUCCGUCUACAAAACGUCACUGAACAAAACCCUAGGAACCCUACGAACUAAAGUUUCCGCCUGCUUACAAACGACCUUGUGACCGCCAUUUAAAUUGAAUAAGUCACGGACGUAUGUUUAACUAGAUAAAAUAGCCGUUCAAUCAAACUAGCCAGAAAUAGCAAUAGUUAAUUUAAUCCUCUAUAGCUCCACGAUAAAGAGGCUGGAAUUAAAUUCCGAGAGGACAUGAGUUUUCCGAAUAAUAAAAAUGGUGAAAGAUGAAAAAAAUAAGCACAAAUAUUCUUGUGUGUUAUUAUUUUCUUUUUUAAAUAAUAACGCGGCUAUUAGGUAACCGCCAAAAUUAAUAUUUUAGGUUUGAAUCGAUGAUGAGGUUUUUUUAUACCUACUAACUACGCCGUAGUCUGACGAUCUUGAUCUUUUGGAUUAGUAUCACAGCUGUCGUACGUACCAAACAAUAUUGACGGAUGGUGUAUUAGGGAGAUGUCUCAUAAGUGCGUUGCGUUGCGUCGCCGCAACAGACCAGCACAUUGUAUGUCACACCUGCGCUGCGUCGCGAUUACUUGUACCGAAUCGUUAAUCUAUGGUCGCGAUGAUAUACGACGUCGCUGUGCAAGAGUUAGACGAACGCACCCAGUCACUCUCAAGAAACAAUCGAAACAAAUGAAACACUCCAUCGUAAUUCGUAGCAAUGGAGCUCUAUCCCUACAACUAAGACAAAGGACGCGCAUGUCUGUCUGUUCGCGAUAAACUCAAACAAUACUGAACGCAACUGAACGGAUUUUUGACUAUCUACAGGAAAAUUUAAAAAUGGCGGCCGGUCGUAGAAAAUUAAUCUUCGAAUCGAAUAGGUAUAAUAAAGAAUUACUAUAGACUGCAAAUUGAAAUUGAAAUGCUCAUGGUUAUGUAGGUAUUUAGAUAUAUGUAUAACUGAUGUAAAUAAACGUAUGUAAAUAGCUAUAAUGUAAGUGACCCCAAUAAAAUAUUUUGCACCA